ACUCGGCUGCGAGCGAGUGGCCACCCGCAGGCGGUGCCGAAGGCCUCGAGUGCCAAAGGAACACUCGAACGAGACGACAGGCUGACGCCGGACCAGUGGCGCGCCGACAUGCCGUUAGGCGCAGAGGCCGACCUCCAAGCAGCGUCCACAUCAACGGCUACCCUCAUAGACAACGCUGUGCAGCUGCGAUUAAUGGCAUUAUCGGCGUUGUUGGCCUCGUCUAUUGGCCUACCGCGUCCUUGUCCAGCAACAGCGACAGUGUGUUCGACGGUGGCGGCAGUGGCCAACUCGUACGGAAACGUCAACGACUGCGACGACCAGUGCAUGUGCCGACCUAUUCAUAGUUACAGCAGCGUUCGUAUCGACGGCAAUAGCAGCAAUAUCAACAACAACAACAACAACAGCAACAGCAGCAGCAGAAGCAUCUUGGCGUACAGCACAAUGUGUGGGAUUAUGGCCGUCCAGUGAGCGGCGAGAAGGCCCCCUGGUAACGCGGUUAGGGUCUAGAUCCAUACUUUAUUUGGUAUUGCUCUAUCAUUCCAGUUAACGAGAAUCGAACGGCAACCUCUAGGAGUUGUUGAUGCCGAGCAGGUGGCCGGCAGAAGGCAAACACAACAUUGCCAACAGCAGGCAGAGGCUGAUUUCUUAGUGCUUCAUUACUGCUGCCACUGCUGCUGCUCAUCGUACGGCCUUCGUCAUCGUCGUCGUCGUCGUUGUUGUUCGAUUGCUUGGAAAACGUGUGCGAACCUCUGCGUACCAGCAAUGCCAACAGUUGCUAAAGCACCGUAGUUUUCAAACAGCUGGACAGAACUUUCGUUUUGUGUGAUCUAACAGUGACGAACGAAGCAACGAAUGACUGGAAAGGGGAAGAAGAUUUCAAAGGACGUCAAAAGUGUGCCUGCGUAUAUCUUCGAAAUUAGCGUUGCAUCUUUCAGUAGCAAGAAUAAUAGUGGCAACACUAGGAGCAGCAGAAAAAUUCAGUCGGCAAAUAUCAAUAGAAAUCGUCUCGAAAGGAACAGUAUCUCUCAUCGACUAACAGCUGUUAUAGCUAAAUAGCAAAUGCACAACGCUGGAAUGGUACAACAGUGGAGGACGGCAAAAUAGACUCAAAGAGAUCAUAUACACAAAUGCAAUGAAAGCGCCAACAAUAACCGCAAUCAACGUUUUAAUGCUAUCGCUAUAAACGAACGUGUACCUUGAUCUGACAACUCUGCUUUUCGUUAUUGUUAUCAAUUCAUCAUACAAUAGUAACAACAACAACAACAACAACAACAACAAGUAGAAAAGUAACAACAAGGACCAGUUAACAGCAACGAGCUGUAGCAACGAAAGUAUCUAUACGCAGUAAUAUAGCGAAGGGUAAAGAGAUGAUGUAUUCGGAUGCCAACAACAACAUUGACAUCUUUACCCUACUCUCAUAACGACAACAACAAAAUAAUAUUAGUAGUAGUAAUCAUUACCAUCACCAUAUGACUAGUUGUUUUCAAGCAAACCAACAAUUAAAAGGGCAACGACAGCAGUAGCAACAACCCAUCAAGGGGUGCAUCGAUAUCUGCGGGGGUUAAAUCACGGUACAGAAAUCAUUCAUCCAUCAUUCGACUAUCGGUAGUGAUAUAUCUAUGGCAAUUUCGGAUGGCGCCAAUUCAGUCUGUCGGUUAUCCAGCAGCAGUUUCUUGGUCGUAGUCGACGAGGAAGUAACAUGAAGGUAUUCUGAUGCGGAUCAGACAAACAGGAAAAAAAAGAAAAUUCAAAUGAUCAUCAGAGAAUUACCGACCCUACGGUACUUACAGGAAUUUAUCAUAAAAGGAACAGAGACAUUUCAUUGGCUUUGGAAAUCACAUUCGAUACGAGGCCGCCAGUAGCAACAGCUAGCAAACUAGAAUUAGCCGAAUUAAGAAAAAACAUAUUACGGAUCUCUGUGUUUGUUUGUUGUUUUGUUUGAUAGUUACAAAAAUCAUAUCGAAAUAAGCAGGCGAACAGGGUAGCGCUGUGGUGCUUUUUUGGUGGCUGUUUCUGAGGCACAGAUAAGACCGAUAGCCAGUAACAACGACGAGAUAAAACGACACUGAUCUGAAGCAAACGACACGCAAAGGGUUCGUGCACGGUUAAUCGGUCAUCAUCUGUGCCUUCUGUUAGUAGAACACGAACAGCAUCAGUCGACCAGAAGCUGAAGUAGAAGUGCGACACGUCUAGCAAAGCAUCUGAGAAAUCAACUCGAGGACGACAAAGGCCUACAAAUAGUUCAGGAGGUGUUCGUUGUUUCGUGUCAUGUCGUUCGAUGUGUUUGUAGAAGUGGUCGCGACGAAACCAUCCUGUUGUCGCCUAUAAGUCCUGUACCAAGAUAUAAAGUAUGAAAGUCAGUCAAUCAACUUUUAGGACGGAAGUAUCAAAUAGCUAGUCAAGCGAACAACGGUCUCAUAAUACAUCAUCAAUAUCGUCGACAUCUUGUUGACAGAAUCAAAAAAAAUAUUUUUCCCGUAGGAAACGAGCAGCCUCAGGGAGGUACAGCGCAAACAGCAAUCAAUUAAUCAAUCGAUCAGUCAUAACUUGUUCAUCUUCAGUACAUUACUUACUCUAUUUGCUGGAUUAUAUCGCGACGGAAGACUACCAGACAACGACGCCGACGUGCUUUGUCUGCCAAGUCUGCCGUAGCCUGGCGACCGACAUCCACAGGGCGUGCUUGAAAAAUCUUGGAAGAAAAGCUACUCCUCGAAUCACUAUAAAUAUCAUCAUAUUUCAUUGAGCCUGAGAGACAACGGUACUCGCUCAUCACAGUUGCUUAGCCUCCGAAGUCCUCCCUCACGCUGAAGACUGCUGUUUUUUGCCCUCUCGAAAAGGAUCGCUGAGAUUUCCUCGUUACUCGACGCCAUCUGGUUGAGUCAAGCCAGGAAAUAACAGAAGAAAAACAGACACUAACAGACAAAAAAUAAGUAGAGAAGACACCAGGCGCCUUGACCGUAGUAAGCGCUAUACGAUCUACGUAUGUGCCGAUGGCUUCACCGCGGCGUCGCGUUCCGUUGGCAACAAUGACACAGAUCACCAACAAGCGACCUGUAGAUAGAUGCAGUGGCACUACACGUCAGCAGGCGCACAACAGUAAUCGAACCUGCAAAAAAAGGGCUUCUCUAGACACCGCUCCCACUAGCAUCAAAAGCUGGCAGGAAGAAGCUCUGCGCGAGUCCUUAUUGGAGCCAUUUGAAAUGGCACCUGCCCUGGCGCAAAGGCUCAAUCCAGCCCCAGUUGUUGAAACGGCGUGCGGAAUGGACUCUGCAGCAUCGCGACCGCGCUUUGGCGAGUCGCAUGGCACACGACCUCGGCAAAGGCUGACAAAACGAUUGUUACGAUCACCAGGAAUUCAUGCAUCAGCUUUAGGCUUAUUACCUGCAGCCCCGACAAUCACCAGCAGGCCAUGUAACAGCGGAAUCCCAAGUAGUAACCCUCUAACCGUUGGACCACCACUGCUCGACUUCGGAUGGACUUCCGAUGCGUUCAAUGAUUUUCUGACGCUGCUGACAGAUCGGAAUAUGUCGAGGUCCAACUACGCGCCGAGGUCAGCUGAGCAACUACCACCUCAACAACAACAACAGCCUAAUUCAUUAGAAGAUGUUUCGAAAGCCCAACAUGAAGCUCAUCGUCACAAGUCAUUUCGAAGUAUACGCCUUCACCGACAGAGGGCACUAUUGCUAACAGCAACAACAACAACAACAACAACAAUAUGGUCGCUACUGCUACCCUGUUUACUGCUAACCUGUCUACCUUCGCCAGGAAACGCCUUCGAGUGUGACCGCAUGUUCAUUUCGACUCCAGAGGGCGCACGUAAUGGCACCUUUUCCGCCCCGCACAUGGACAUUAUAAGUAGCGGGCCGACGAUACCCACUAGCACCAACGGUGGAUCAAAUAGCGUAGGCGGUGCAGGCUCUGGAGGUUUAGGUAGCAGGGCGCGCCAAUGCAUUUAUACAUUCAUCGCGCAGCCAGGAGAACGGGUGGACGUAACAUUUACUACUUUCCGGGUUAGGGGUUCGCCGCCCGAAUGUAACCACGAGUACAUCGACAUUUAUAGUGAGGUGCAGGACCCAUCGGCUGAGCUGAUCAGCUCGCCGUUCGGUGGACGCUUUUGCGGAAGAAUCUACCCCCGACGGAGGAUAUCCGUUUACAGGACACUAGUCAUCAGCUUCUACACCGAUUUCCCUAACGACACUGUCAACGUGUUCCGCGGAACGUACGAGUUCAUCAAUGCUUCUCGUUUUAUUGUGGGCACCCCGACAUCGCCAUCGGCGAUUUGCUCGUUUAAUAUCUAUGGAACGCAAAGGCGCGAGGGCGACUUUUAUUCGCCUACUUAUCCCGGGGUGUACCCCAAAAAUCUCGACUGUCAAUACAGAUUCAUCGGUACAAAGGGCCAACGGAUUCGUUUGGAGUUUAUGGACUUCGACCUGUCCUUUGGGGGCACACAUUGCCCCUUCGAUACGGUAAAAGUAUACGAUGGUCCUGACGACGAAAACAGUCCAUUGAUUGGUACCUACUGCGGCCAGCAGCGAUCCCUGGAAGUGUACUCAUCCGCGGAGGCCCUAUUCGUCCGCUUCCGUACUCUUCGCCGGCAGGCGGACUCGCAGAACAGGGGCUUCGCGGGCUGGUUCGAGUUUUCCGAAAAGUUCGCCAAGUUAGAUUUCAUCAGUGAGGACGGCGAACAUAUACGAGGAACCGAGUGUGACCAGAAGAUCCUGUCGCGAAAGGAGUCGAGUGGGACGGUGUACUCUCCCAACUGGCCCUUGCUGUACACCGCGAGCGUUGUUUGCAAAUACUUUAUCUACGGACUCGAAGACGCUCAACAUCUCGAGCGCGUCGGGCUGACUUUUGAGAAGGUCGACAUCAACGCCUCCGAUGCCGAAUGCAGCGACGCUUUUCUUAAGGUUUACUUGCAGGGCCAGGAAGAGCGAGGUGAAAUGGAGUCGUUCGACCAAGCGUUCUGCGGGGACACGGUUCCUCCGCCUCUGAGAAGCGAGGGCCCACGACUCAUGCUGGUUUUUUCCAGCGCCAAUACCCAGGGCCAGGGGUUCAAAGCCACCUACACAUUCGAGACCGACUACAAAAUUCCCGGCACACCAUCACCGAAUAAAGGCUGCUACUUUAGUUAUGUGAGUGAAAGCCAACAAACUGGUGAAUUUAACUCGCCACGCUACCCUGCCAACUAUCCUUCAAUGACGACAUGCGAGUACCAUUUCCUCGGUAGAUCUGAUGAACAGGUCAAGAUCGUCUUCAACUACUUCAAAACCCGCUCAGAUUCAUCUACAACUCAAUAUAAUGACGGCUGCGAGGAAGACUGGUUGGAGUUGUAUGAACAAAAUGAAAAAACAGGUCAGGAAAAGAAAUAUGGCCGCUAUUGCUCGGGUGCCGCCCCAGGACCGAUUGUUACAGAUAUUGGAUAUCACACAGUGCGAGUUGUUCUGCAUACGGACAAGUCGGGCGUCGCUGGGGGCUUUAACGCCAAUUACUAUUUCCUAAAGAACGUAAACCGAUAUGGCGAUUGCGGACGCAACAUAAGUGGUUUAGAGGGUGGCGUCGUAACUUCGCCGGGCUUCCCCGAACCGUACAAAAACGAUCGCCAAUUGUGCAACUUUUGGAUAACCGUCAAACCCAAACGGCGCAUCCACUUCUAUUUUACGCUCUUCCACGUCGAGGGCGAACCGACUGACCGGGGAUGUCCAUCAGCCGUAGUUCGAGUCUGGCCAGAUCCGGACAGUGUGGGCCCUCCAGUAGAACUUUGUGGGGAGACGCUAACUAAUGAAACCCGCGAGAUCAUCUCUACCGGAAAUUCGCUCAAAGUGCAAUUCAUGACUGCCGCUAAGGCUGUUGGCAAUCAAGGCUUUAAAGCCGUAUGGACUGAGAUCAGGGACGACGAUGAGACGUGCGCGGCGCCAAAGGUGCCGACCACCUCAGGUAGUGGUACGGCAAACGCAAAAACGGGAUCUGCAGGGGGCCUGCGUUACGCCAAUGGGCGAUGCAUUUCCGCCAAGCUUGUUUGUAACGGCCUACCAAAUUGUGGCCCAGGUGACGAUACAGACGAACUUAACUGUCAACGCAGCGGCGGUAUCAAUGCGUUCCUUGUCGUUGGCGGUACAUCGCUUUGUGCAGCGUGUGGCGUCUUGCUGAUCCUUUGCGCUGGCUGCACGAGACGCAGACGGCGCAAUCGACGCCGACGGAUGUCGUUGGUGUUUCCGCCACACGAUGACGACGACAUCCAGCCGCCUCAUCUACAACCCUUACAGGGAAUGCAUUUCGCCGUCCAAUGUAUGGAUGAUGUGUGACUAGAGUCUACAGUGUAGGAUGGUCGAUCAGGACCCCCAUCCUACUCUAAACAUCGAAGACUACGGCGCGCAGAACACAGAGGACAACAGCGUCAACAAGAACAACACCCGUACAAUCUUUGCAACAAUACAUCAUAUAGAUUUAUAAACUAUUACAACAAUAGCAGCAAUAGCCAAUCUCAACAAGCACUUUUGCGCAACAUUGAACAGGUAGACGAUAAAACGGAAGAGCAGCCGGAGGAACAAACAAAUCAUUAUUAUGGCGAUGAAGACAAUAGAUAUGAUGGAUUCGACAAAGACCGUGAUGAUGACGACAACAACGACGACCGUCUCAUUGUCGGUAAUGGCACAAAAACUACACAAAGACUGAUCCAUCAAUAAUGAGUAACCUGUUAGUAUCGACGCCAUAUUGUCAACAACGCCAGAGAUAGAGCACACCCGUGUGUGAGCGCGUGUGUGUGUGUGUGUCUGUGUGUGUAUGUGUGUAUGUCUAUGUAUAACAUUGGCAAACUUGAACCGGCAAAAUAACGCCGGCAAAAACAGCACCGGCAGGGUUUGACAGUCGAAGAACCGUAUGAACACAUCAAUAGCAUGGUUCCAUGUAGCGGUAAAGACUGCUUAGAUCGACUGUAAGACCGUGUCCAAUACACAUGAGUGGAACUAAAAAAUCUUCCGGGUCCUGAGACCGCAAUGGAUCGCAUGUACACCGAAGCCAAAGUAAGAACCGCUAUCUACAGCAAUCGCAACAUAACGACAAAUCAGCAGCAACGAUAAAAGGAAACAGCAAGAUCGUAAAACCAGAAUAACAACAACAACAACAACUUGGAAAGGCAGAUGAAAGCUACUGCCUUUCGACUUUGAGGCAUACACGUACGUUCGACAAGUAUAUUUUCGAUACCUCAAAAGUACCAAAGUCGAAGAGGCAGGAAAUGAAUUCGAAAGUGUCGGUUAACAGGGUCCUCGAUACAAAAGCGAACUUCCUUGUACAACAAUAACAAACACAACAGCAGAUUACAAUAUGUGCAGCUGCAGCACGAAAAGCUGAAACAAUGACUAGUGAAGAAGAGACCUGAAGCACCUCUUCUUAAGUACCUCGCUGAAUAAGUCCUCAACCAAAUAAUGGUAAUCGACUGAACCUACUAAACAAUACGCGGCACUUUCUAUCAUCCGGGGGCAAACAGAACGGCAAAGUGAUCGACUUUGCGAUUAACACCUGAGAGCGUUCCACUGAAGCGACCUCAGAAGACAAACGAUUGUGGGCAAGUGUCAAGAUCACCUUCUAUGUCAAACUCGGGUUACAGCAGCUCAAAGUAGCGCGCAAAAAACAACAGUGACAUAAAAUAAUCAUAAACAGCGAUUCAGGGUAAUAACGAUGUGACGACCCUGAUGUAUUCACAAGUAUCGGUGAAGCUGAAGUUGAUGAAAGAUCAUGGUUUAACGAAACUAGAAUAUGGCGGAAGUUUCAAUGGCAGAGUUCUGACAAGAGACCACUGAUCGUGUCAUACGACUUCAUGAUAAUUAACCAUAACAAACAAUAUUAGUUAUUCUUACAAUAUAAACUGAUUUACUAGCUAGCGCAUAAGGCACUUCGAUAGCGAACUAAUGCAUUUAGCGAUUCGUACUCGAUCUAACACGACAUGCAGACAAAUAUUUGAACUUUUUCAAGAAUCAUGACAUACAAACUUGGACAAUGGCGACUUUAAGAUUUAGCGGUGCAAGUGAAUGUAAACUUGAUGGCGCCGUAGUUCGAAAUGAAUCGGACAACGUAAAUCAACUAUGAAAAGCGUUAGGCACAAUAUAUAUUGGAUAUGCGACCAAUACAAAUCGCCAACCGGUUAUCGGUACAGUCCCCUACUCCAAUGUACAUGUAAAGACAGCUGUAAUGUAAGUUCUAAACUUUCUCCGUCGUGAAAGUACCAAAGAUUUUAAAUCGUUUUUAAUAACCGCCGAAGAUAAUGCAAAACAACUGUUAAUUGUGAUAAUAAUCACAAUGUAAUCAUAAUGAAUAAAUGAGUCGCCUACCGUAGCGUAAGUCUACCCGAUAGAAUUAUGAUCAUACCCAUCAAACGGCUUGAGAGACUUCGCUCGAGAGCUUUAUUAAAUGCAUUGCUUAAUAAUUUUCAAAUAACUUGACCAACUUAUAUUCAAGCAUACAUACAUACAUACAUACAUACAUACAAACAACAAGAACUCAAUUUUAAAAAUUGAGGAAAUAACAUGCCAAACCAACAAAAAAUAGUCCAAACUCCCACAGGCAACAACCAGCCGAUAUCAGUAAUAUUCCCUAUAGAUCCUCAAAGUGAUUUCUUGCACGAGAACCAGGCCGUGGCACAUCACAGAGCGAGCCAAGAACUUCAAGAUAUUCGAGUUCUAUUUUUAACAAUACAUAUUGAAGUACGGCGAGACAAGAGUACGCAGAUAUAUAUAUAUAUAUAUAUGGUGCUAUGCGACUAGCGGAAAUCCCUUAUACAAUGGUUGCAAUAUCAAAACUGUUGUCUUCUGAAUUUGCGCAAGCGCUUGUUGUAAUCAUUCUGUAUCCUGUUUCGCUCUGAUGACGUCGCCAACAAACUGUUAUGAUACCAAGUGUUCCAUCGAAGUUUCCUCAGAAAGCCCGCGUUGUGGCACAGCGACAAGCUCUAUAACCUGUUUUCGCAUGCUGCACGUUGCAUUUCGUCUAUCACGAACAAACCUAGGAAUGUACAGCUUUGGGGCAGUACGACACUGACUCUGGAAGAAUGUAAGAUAUAUCUCCUCUACUACUUAACGCUAUACUGAUCAUAAACAUUACACCCGUACUAACGAGUUGUUGUUAACGUCUUCUUCUUCAAGCCUUCGCUGUAUAUGUGAUGCCCUUUGCGGUUUUGAACGAAGAUACAGUUCCACAGCGCGCUGCCGUUUACAUCUUCUCGAACCUGCCUCCUCCAUCCCAUUUCACUAAUUUCCAACUCUACGUCCUUCUAGCCUUUUUCUGCGAGUCUGGCCUUCAAAAAAAUUGGGCAUUUCAGGCGAAUGUUAGCAGAUUAGCCAGACACUAACCAGUCAAGGAGGCUCCAUCAUUGGAACGGUCGCGUAGCUCAUAGCUAGGCUAGUCAGAUAUAAAAUAAUAAUUCUUAUUAUUACAAGGAUAAUUACUAUAAUAUAUACCACCACUGAUAUAAAUUAAACAAA